AUGGAGGCCCAUCAUCCUCACCACCAAACACGAAACGUUCCCGACAGAGGGCCCGCCGUCUUCGUCGUCACCACCGUGACGAUAUGCUUGGCUACCCUCUUUGUCGCGGCUCGAAUGGUAUCGCGCAUCGGAAUCGUACGCAGAGUCGGAUGGGAUGACUACAUCAUCGUCCUGGCCUGGCUCAUUUCCAUGUUCCUGUCCCUCACCAUUGCCAUGGCCACGAAACGUGGUCUUGGUCGUCAUGACGUGAAUAUCGAUCAUCAGCACCAGGCAGGAUUGAGGAUGUGUGAAUAUGUCUUUUCCAUCCUAUAUAAUCCGGCCCUUAUGGCCACAAAGACGUCCAUUCUCGUCUUCUACCUUCGCCUGGCUAAGAACACGCAAAAGAUUCUUCGGAUGGCCUCCUGGGCUGUCCUCGUGGUUGUGAACGUUGCUGGAACCAUCCUUACUUUCAUGAACAUCUUUCAGUGCACCCCCAUGCGCGCUGCUUGGGACGUUACGAUUGAGGCGGCCAAGUGUUUGCCGUUAUUGACCGAGUUUAUCUGCUCGGCCCCCGUGAACAUAGUUACCGAUCUAGCUAUCCUGGCCCUUCCUAUUCCCGUGCUCACCGGCAUGCGUCUACCGCCGAGACAAAAGACGAUUCUUAUCUUUACCUUUGCUCUCGGUAUCUUUGUGACGGUCGUCGACGUCGUCAGGAUUUACUAUCUCCAACAGGCCGUGGGUAUGGUACCCAUGAAUCCUUCAGACAACCCCAGCGCAAUCUACGGUCAAAGUUCGAAUUUCCCCUGGAACGCUUCGCUAUCUUUGAUGUGGUCGGCUGUCGAGGUCAACGUCGGCAUCAUCUGCGGCUGCAUUCCGACUCUGAAACCCUUAAUCAUCCGAAUUCUUCCUGCCAUGAUUAUCGACCCGGAUGGCACUCGCAGCAGCACCCGGGACAGCGCCCAAUUGGACGCCGUCAUCAAGCAGGACAACUCCGACAGCAGCCAACCCAUCACCUCUUCAACGCUGAACGACUCCCACGCAAGCAGCGCCCCACAAGCACCAGAGCCGGUCCAUGUGCACAAUGACCGACUGUCCGAAGAGAUCUCCAUCCGAGACUUCCUGUCAGCUUCAUGCGUCAACGAAACCCCUGUUGCGCCCGAAAGCAGGGCCCCUACACUACCAGAUCGACGGAGAGUCUCCAGUGUCCCUUCGGCCCAAGAGAACUCCAUCUACUUUGGUUUCGUGGAGAUGAAGAAGCCAAAGAGCAUGGUCAAGUCUUCGGUAUCCGAGUCGUUCAAGUACUGCACCAUCGUCAGCAUCCUCUUCUUCCUCUGGGGCUUUUCCUACGGGCUCCUCAACACUCUCAACAACGUCGUGGCCGACGUGGCCCAAAUGACCACCGCCCAAGCGCUGGGUCUAACGAGCGUCUACUUUGGCGGCGGUUACCUCCUCGGACCUCUUCUCGUGGGAGGCUGGCUCCUAUGCCACGACGAACACCGCCGUUUCAGAAAACCAAGACGGGGCGACAUUGAGCCGAUCGGUGGUUUCAAGGCGACCUUCAUCGUCGGCUUGCUCAUCUACGGCGUUGGAACCAUCAUGUUCUGGCCCGGCGCCGUCCUUACAGCCUACGGCGGGUUCAUGGCUAGCAGUUUCGUCGUAGGCUUCGGCCUGGCCGUCUUGGAAACCGCCGCCAACCCCUUUCUUGUGCUCUGCGGACCGCCCGAAUACGCCGAUAUGCGCCUUCUUCUAGCUCAAGGCGUCCAAGCCGUCGGCGCCGUCCUCAGCGGCGUCCUCGCCAACAACGUCUUCUUCCACACCAUCGAAGCACGACGGCACAGCCCCACGACUUUGCUCGAUGUCCAAUGGACCUACCUAACCAUCACUCUCCUCUGCGUCUUGCUAGCUCUCUUCUUCUACUACUCGCCCCUACCGGAGGUAACCGACCGCGAACUAGGCCGUCUCUCGGAGCGUCUUCCCGUGGACCCAAAAAGGCGCUCCAUCGGCGGGUUGUCGCUCCGCACAGUCUGCAUUAUUUUGGCCGUCGUCUCGCAAUGGUUCUACGUUGCCGCGCAAGAAAACAUGUCGGUAUUCUUCACCCGUCUCAUGACCGCCUUUUCCGACACGCACGAAGAAUACCCCAACUCGCGCCCUGAGGGGUUCGCAAUGAGCACCCUCAAUUAUCUAGUGGUGGCGCACACCGCGUUCGCCAUCUCCCGCUUCAUAGCCGCUUACCUCUGCUACCUGCACGUGCAAAACCCUUCCUCCAAAUACAUCCCAUCCCCGCGAACAAUCCUCUCUGUCUGCGCCUUCCUAUCAACGAUCUUCGUCCUAAUGACCGUCGUCUACAAACCCGCCUCCAAACCAAACUUCAUGGCCGUCCCGAUUAUUUUGUUCUUCUUCUUCGAAGGUCCCAUCUGGCCGUUAAUCUUCAGCUUGGGCCUCCGCGGGCAAGGAAAGCGAACGAAACAAACAGCCGCGUGGCUAACGAUGGGCGGAUCCGGCCCCGCUUUUUGGCCAUUCGUUUCGUACGCGAUCUUGCAACGGGGCGGAAGUAUCCAGACUUCGUUCAUUGUGGUUAUUGUGCUCAUGGCGAUAACGAUGCUUUAUCCCAUCUUUUUGACGGUGGUUAGAGAUGCGAGGGAGAUGGCAGAUUGUGUGCUUGUUAGCACUUCUUCGACUAAACGACGACGGAGCGGCGGAGGGGAUAUGGAAAGCGGACCCAGUAGUCCUGGUUUUGCUGGAAGGGGACUAUCACUCUCUGAACGUAGGGGUAGCGAAAACCCUAUGACGCUGGAUCAGAUUAUCAUGAACCGACAAAGGGAAAGGGUGAAAGCAGCAGAAAGGGCUGCGAGGGCGGAAAAUGGAGGGGUUUUGAAGAGACUAUCGAGAAGUUUGGGGAUUGGUGAUAAGCCUGAUGGGGACAAAGAGGAAAAGAGGAGGUCUCAACAGCAGCAGCAACCUCAGCGGCAGACGGGGAUUCAGUUUGAGAAAACAUGGGGGAAGAGUAGUGGUGAGGAUGAUCAUGAGCCUCGGAAGGAGAAUGAUGGAAAUCAAGAUGAAGAUCGUGUGGGUCCAGAUGGUCGGGAAGGACAACAGGUGGAUGAAGUGAGGAAGGAUCCGAAUCCGACUCCGGAGUGGGAGAGACAGAGGGCGCCUUGGGAACUCCCGCAGUUGGAGCUUGAUACAAGGAUUUUGGAGGAUUAA